GUGAAGCUGGAAGACUGCAGUCAAACACUGGAGCUGAAUGUCAACAUUAAAGAUGAAGAAGAGGAGGAGGAGAUUGGGAAGUCUGUUAGUCAUGGCCGACUCAGGUCAAGUCUGAGGCCGGUAACAUCAACAGUGAGAACAGACUCAGGCUGCCUCUCUCCUUCCACACUGAGUCCAAACCUACAGUCACUGGGUCCUGAUUGUGACAGUGCAGCCCAGUUUACACUGCAGGAUCCAGAGAUGGCAUCAGUGAAGCUGGAAGACUGCAGUCAAACACUGGAGCUGAAUGUUGACAUUAAAGAUGAAGAAGAAGAGGAGAAGAUUGGGACAUCUGUUAAUGAUGGAGACCAUGUUGAGACAUUCUCUACAUCCAGAGAGCAACAGCAGGAAGRUCACAGAGCUAAGAGGUCUCACCACUGCCCACAUUGUGAGGAGAUUUUCCCAAUUCUAUCAAAGCUAAAAAUACACCUAAAAAUGCAAAGAGGAGAGAAUCUGUAUUCCUGCACUGCCUGUGAGAAGAGCUUCACAACAUCAAGGGAUCUGACAGUUCCAGAGCACACUGGAGAAAAGCCUUACUCCUGCACCGACUGUGGGAAAUGCUUCAAUAGAUCAUCUAAAUUAACCAUUCAUCAGAGAGUGCACACAGGAGAGAAGCCUUACUCCUGCUCUGACUGUGGAUCGAGUUUCUCCCAAUAUGGCCACUUAAAAUCACACCAACGUAUACACACCGGAGAGAAGCCAUACUUCUGCGCUGACUGUGGGAAUAGCUUCACAACAUCGAGGGCUCUGACAAUUCACCAGAGAGUGCACACAGGAGAGAAGCCUUAUUUCUGCUCUGAUUGUGGAAAGAGUUUCUCCCGAUUGGAUACCUUAAAAAAUCACCAAUUAAUACAUGAAGGACAGAAGCCUUACUCCUGCUCUGACUGUGGGAAAUGCUUCAUUAAAUCAGCUAAAUUAACCAUUCAUCAGAGAGUGCACACUGGAGAGAAGCCUUACACCUGCUCUGACUGUGGAGAGAGUUUCUCCCGAUUGGAUGCCUUAAAAAGUCACCAACUAAUACAUAAAGGACAGAAACCUUACGUCUGCUCUGACUGUGGGAAGAGUUUCUCUCAACUGGGCAACUUAAAAACCCACCAACGUAUACACUCAGGAGAGAAGCCAUUCUCCUGUUCUGACUGUGGGAAGGGAUUCUCCGUAUCGGGCAACCUAAAAACCCACCAACGUAUACAUAAAGGAGAGAAGCCAUUCUCCUGCUCUGAUUGUGGGAAGAGUUUCUCCAUGUCAGGCAACUUAAAAACCCACCUACGUAUCCAUAAAGGAGAGAAGCCUUACUCCUGCUCUGACUGUGGUAAAUGCUUCAAAACAUCAGCGGARGUAAAUGUUCAUUGGAGAACACACACAGGAGAGAAGCCUUACUUCUGUGACUGUGGGAAAAGUUUCUCCAGGUUGAAUACCUUAAAAACCCACCAACGUAUACACACAGGCGAAAAGCCAUUCUCCUGCUCUGUCUGUGGGAAGAGUUUCUCUGUAUCAUGCAACCUAAAAACCCAC